GGAUCUCAAGUGUGCUCUGGAAGAAUGUUCAAUGGCACUGAACUUAUUUCUAAACAAUAAGUUCUCUGAAGCGCUGGAACUACUUCGUCCAUGGUCCAAAGAUAGUAUGUACCAUGCACUUGGAUACAGCACUAUUUUAGUUAUGCAAGCUGCAAUGACCUUUGAACAGCAGGAUAUACAAAUGGGAAUUUCUACAAUGAAAGAUGCUUUGCAAACCUGCCAAAGAUUCAGAAAAAGAAGCACAGUGGUGGAAUCCUUGUCCAAUCUAGUUUCUAAACAGACAGUGGAUCAGUUGACUGAAGAGGAAAUGCAUGCUGAAAUCUGCUAUGCUGAAUGCUUAUUACAGAAAGCCGCUCUCACCUUCGUACAGGAUGAAAAUAUGAUCAACUUUAUCAAAGGUGGCCUGAAAAUUAGGACAAGUUACCAAAUAUACAAGGAAUGUCAUCAGGUGCUACAGACGACUCAGGGGAACAAAAGCAAAAAUGAAACGUACUACCAGUUUGAAGGAGGAGUAAAUCUUGGAAUUGGAGCAUUCAACUUGAUGCUGUCACUUUUACCAGGAAGGAUCCUCCGACUUCUAGAAUUUAUUGGAUUUUCUGGCAAUAGGGAGUUGGGCCUCUGCCAACUACGGGAAGGCGCAUCUGGCAGCAGUUUGAGGGCCAUUCUGUGUACUUUCACCCUGUUGGUUUAUCAUACUUACGUCUCCUUAAUCCUUGGUACAGGGGAAGCCAACCUUCAGGAAGCAGACAGUCUCCUCGAACCCUACCUCCUGAAAUUUCCAAAUGGUUCCAUUAUUCUAUUUUAUGCUGCCAGAAUAGAUAUACUGAAAGGAAAUUUUGAAAAGGCACAGUUGAGGUUCCAAGACUGCAUAGCAGCCCAGCAAGAGUGGAAACAGAUUCAUCAUCUCUGUUACUGGGAACUGAUGUGGUGCUACACCUUCCAGCAGGACUGGCUUCAGGCAUAUCGGUAUGCAGACCUGCUCAGCAAAGAGAGCAGGUGGUCUAAGGCAAUAUACGUAUUCCAGAAGGCAGCAAUUCUAUGUAUGCUUCCAGAGGAUGAUUUGAAGAGGACUGGUGAAGACAUAGUGUCUUUAUUCAGACAAGUGGAUGGUCUAAAACAGAGAAUUGCAGGAAAAUCUAUCCCAACUGAGAAGUUUGCAGUAAGGAAAGCGCGACGCUAUGCAUGUCCUCAACCAGUGAAGCUGAUAUUACCUGCCUUGGAAAUGAUGUAUGUCUGGAAUGGAUUUGCAAUUGUGGGCAAAAGAGCCGACCUCACUGAAAACUUACUGGUAACAAUUGAAAAAGAAGAAGCUGCUCUACAAAAUGAAACUAAUCACAGUGAAUACUAUGUGGAUGAUGUGUGCAUGUUGCAGCUACUGAAAGGCCUCUGUCUGAAACACUUGGGAAGACUCAUGCAAGCUGAAUUAUGUUUCAGUAAAGUAAUUCAAAGUGAGAAGCAAAUAAAAUAUGAUAGCUACUUGGUGCCAUUCACACUGUAUGAAUUGGGUCUUCUGUACAAACAGCAGGAUGAGACAGAAAAAGCAAUAAGAUACAUAGAAACAGCAAAAAACAACUACAAGGAAUACUCUAUGGAGUCCAGGUUGCACUUCAGAAUUCAUGCAGCACUUGACAGCUUGAAGGUGUCACCUGCUUCAACACCUUGAAUGAGAAGGGAUGCUUUUCAUGCAUACAAUAAAUAGCCUACACAAUCUUUUUUUUAAUCAUAGAGAAGAACAUAAUGAUUGUUUUCUGUCACUUCUGAUUUGAUGUCAUUCUUUAAGACUUUUCUGUAUAGCGCCUAUACUGUAUCUACAUGCUGUUAAAGAAGACCUUAUAUUUUGUUGAUAAAAAUAAUUUAAUAUUUGACU